AGAUAAGGACCGUCAGUCAGUCAGUGACAACAGUCGAGUACUUUAAGCCAUGUCUUCUUUAAUAACUGUGUCCGAGGUAAACAAUAUAUCUGAAGACCAGUUUGAGUGGAUGUUUGGUAAUGUGAUAGAACUGUGUACGGAAGCUGCCGCUAUAGUGAAGACGAAACGGCCAUUUACGAGUGUAGACGAAUUGUGCGAGGCGUUUGCAUCGUAUUUGGAUGAGAUUACUGAAAACGAAAAGUUAAUGGUUUUGAAACUGCACCCCGACCUGGCCGGCCAGCUGGCGGCGCGCGGCGAGCUGACGCGCGAGUCCACCGCGGAGCAGCGCGCUGCGGGCCUCGACCGCCUCUCGGCCGAGCAAGUGUCUCUCAUAGGCUACAGAAACGAGAAAUACAAAGCGAAAUUUGGAUUCCCUUUCAUCAUAUGUGCGAGAGAAAACAAGGUUGAUUCCAUAAUAGAGGGCUUACAGCAGCGCUACAACAACACCCGCGCCCAGGAGAUACAAACAGGCAUCAACGAAGUCAAGAAAAUCUGCAAGUUGAGGAUUCUCGACAUCGUUAAACAAGAAUGAUUAACAGUGAAUCAUUUUUCUUUUCACUCGUUGCCAUUUUAAACCCUGAUUUUAUGGCAUUUAUUUAUCCAAACAUGCAUUUUUGUGAUAGUUCUGUUAUGAGCCCUUGCCACAAUGGACCAAGCACGAUAAUGUCGAUAAUAUAAAGUGCUACUAGAGUUCUUCUAACAAACUCUGCGGCUGUCCCAUAUCAAAACCUAGUAAGUGACAAAUUUCUCCAAAUUUGUUUUUUUUUUUUUAAUGUUAUUUGGACCCACCUAUUAGUAAGCCCUCACCCGAUUACAAAGACACCUGCUCAAAAAUCGGCAUAAAUAACAGAGAUUUUGACACCUCCAAACCUAGUAAGUAGCAUGUCUAGUGACGGUUUACCAUUGUAAAACUUAGCAAGUCACAAAUCCCAUAUCAAAACCUAGUAAGGGACUGAGUGAGACAUACUAGGUUUUAGCGUGGUUAUCCAGCAGGCUUACUAGGUUUUUGAACUGGGUAUCCAUGCAUGGCAGACGCGCGGGGCACCUGCCCCAUAUUAAAACCUGUGCCGAAAAAAAAACUGUAAAUUUCAAACGGUUGUAAUUUUAUUUCUAAGCAUGAUGACGACGGCUUUCUUAUCGCAUUUAAAAGUCCUAUUAUUAGAUUAUAUAUUUUAGUGCAAAUAAUUCUGGUUUUACGCCAUGCGACGUUACACCGCUGAACAGAAGAGUUCACUGAAAUUUGGUCUGUUCCAAAUGGCAAGAAAAUUUUCAACAUACUCCAUGCUUGCUUUCGAUACGCUUAAAAUAACCUCGUAGAUUCGUGCAUUUCAUAAUAACCAACGACUAAUUUAGUAAUUUGUCACUUGAACAGAGGUCUCGAAGCGGCAGACCUCUAGGAACAAGUGACCCAUCAGAAAUAUUGUUAAUAGAAUUUGCGCCCGCCCCCGCAUGCCCGUUAUAUUUAUCGUGAAAAAUUGGGGUAAAUAUUCGGCUAAAGUGAAACGAACUAUAAACCAAAUACAUAGUAUUUAGAUUCGUUCAAAAGUUAGGAUAGCUAAAGUAACCGAAAAUUUGCGUUAUUAAUUUCUAGGCAAAGUCAAAAAGCAUACAAUUUCCUUCGUACAAAAAGACACAUUUUUAAUAGACGAUGAGUAAAGUAAGACCACCAUACGUCCUGCAGUGCCGUUCUCUCGACUAUUAAUGGGUUCAAAUCAAGAGUGUAUUAAAAGAGAAGGAUAAAACAGCCAAAAACUUUGACAUAUCCAGCAUGUGUUGGGAUGGUGCAGGCAAAUAUGAAAAACGGGUCCGUAAGUAGCUGUCACUGAAUGCGCUAGGAAAAAGCUGCCUAUCACUCCUACAGAAAAUAGAAUAA